AUGACUUUAACUUCAAAUGUGGAAGUUGAAGUUUAUAUGGAGGAUUUGAAUGUAACAGAUGAUGAGUCUGAUGGAGAAGAAUAUGUUGCUUCUACAAUGGACAAGACAAUAUGGGAUCCUUUUUUGAAUGAUUUGGUACAGAGAGAAGUGGAAUGGUCUGGCAUAUCAUCUGAUGAUGCUGAAUGGACCUUUUCAAAUGAAGAAACUGACAAAGGAGAUAAUAUAGGUCAGAUAUUUGGGGACCAAUAUCUUGUACACAACCCUAGGAUACCUUGGAAAAAAAUGGAACCACACUUGGGGGAAAAAUACGAAAGCCCAGAACAGUUCAAGCUUUGUCUAACAAAUUAUGCGGUGGCUAAUGGAUACCAAUUGAGGUUUACCAAGUGUGAUCGUUCUAGGAUAUUAGUACGAUGCGGAAAAAAAAGUGACGAGAAUAAGUUUCCAUUUAGAUGUUGGGCAUCUUGGAUGGGGAAUGAACUAACUUGGCAAGUGAAAUCUUUGGAAAAGAAACAUGUUUGUGCACGAAAAUACAGCCUCGGUUCAUUGAUAACUCCGAGUUGGAUUGCUAACCAUUAUCUUAAUGACCUAAUUCGCAACCCCAAAAUGAAAUUCAAAGAAAUGAAAGCUGAUUUUUUACAGAAUUAUUCUUUAAAGCUUAGCAGAGGUCAGUGUGAAAGGACAAGGGCAUUAGCAUUUACACUAAUUGAUGGCAAGUUGACUGAUCACUAUGCUAGGAUAUGGGAUUAUGGUGAUGAAGUUUUGAGAUCAAACCCAAGAAGCACUGUUGAAAUUGGAGUCGAUGUCAAUCCGGAUGCAAAAUAUUUCAAAAGAAUCUACAUUUGUUUGAAGGCUUUAAAAGAAGGAUGGUUGAAAGGUUGUCGUAAGGUGAUUGAUUUAGAUGGAUGUUUCUUGAAAGGGAAAGUUAAAGGGGAGUUGAUAGUUGCCAUUGGUCGAGACAGAAACAACCAAAUUUACCCCAUUGCAUGGGCGGUUGUGAAUGUAGAAAAUAAAGAUAAUUGGAAGUGGCUCAUUGAGUUACUACAAUCAGAUAUUGAAACAGUUGAAGAAAACGGGGUUACUUUAAUAUCAGAUCAACAUAAGGGUCUACUAGAAGCCGUGAAGGAGGUGAUGCCACAUGCUAAGCACCGGCAAUGUGCCCGUCAUAUUUGUGCCAAUGUCUACAAACGUUUCAGUGGAGAGAUUUAUAAAACCUUGUUUUGGGAAGUUGCAAUGUCCACAACAGAUCAACAGUUCAAAAACAAUAUGGAAAAGAUGAAAGAGUUGAACAAUGAUGCAUAUGAUGAUCUCGUGAAAAGAAAUCCUAAAACAUGGUGUAGGGCCUAUUUUGCAACAGAUAGGGCAUGCGAGGCUGUAGAAAAUGGAGUAUCUGAGUCAUUUAACUCUGCAAUCGUUGGUGCUAGGGGGAAACCGUUGAUAACCAUGUUAGAAGAGAUUAGACUUCAUGUGAUGGAGAGGUUUGAUGCAAUGAAAAGGAGUACAAAUUCAUGGAAAACUGUUGUUGCUCCAAAGAUACUUAUAAAGAUGAAAAAAUGGCACAAAAACAUGAGGAAUUGGAUGGUUAUCCCUAGUGGCCUCUAUUGGAGGUUAGAAAUGGUUAUGAAGGAUAUAUGGUAG